GUAUAUAUAUAUAUAUAUAGAUAAAGUUGCGAAACGAGAUGGAUCUUCGCAAGAAGGCAGAGUCAUCUGCAGCCAUUGCUGAAGAAAAAACAAGUGUUUUAGAGGGGAAACUAAAUACUCUAUCAGAAAGCAUCGAAAGGGAAAAAAGUCGUCUUGAGAAUGAGCUUGCACAAAUGAGAAGUGGAUCAAAACUGUCGAUUGAUAGAAUAAGUGCAGAUCUUGAGAGAAUGGAAUGCAAAGCUAAAAAUGCCGAAAAAGAGUCUGCACUGCUGAAAGAGCAGUUGGAAGAAAUUAAGAAGCGUCUGAAUGAGUGCAUGCAGGAGAAAUUUGAGGUGGAAAAAAGGUUAUCAAGAUUCACAUCUGCCGAGACUCCUUCGAAGGAUGCUGAUUUGUUGGUGAAGCAUUUGCAAGAAGAACUAAGGAGCUAUGAGUGUGAAGUGCGUGAAGCCAGAAAGAUCAUAUCUUCUCAUGAAAAAAUUGAGUUGUUGAAAGAGAAGUUACUAGAGGAAAAAGGUCGCAGGGAAAGGGCAGAGUCAGAUGUACACAAGUUAUCAGACAUCCAGCUAAGGUUGAAGGAGUUAGAGGAUGAGAUAUCCACAUGGAAAUCAAUGAUUAAAGACAUUCCUGGCGUGUCACGUGCUGAUGAUUUACCACUUAAAUUUGGAGCUUUACAGAAAGAGGUUUAUGAUAGCAUGAUGAAAGCAGGUGAGGCCCAAGCACGCUUGAAACAAGUAGAAGUUGCUCUUGAUACCACAUUGCUUGAUAAAGAAAAUGCAGAAGCUGAGGCUGCACUGGCAAAAGAGAGGGCUGAAUCAUCUAGAUCAGAAAUUAAAAGGCUAGAAUUGAUGAUUGCAUCACUUACAGAGGAAAGAAAGCACGCUGUUGACGAAAUGAAAGGGUGCAAGAGUCUUGAUGGCGGAAAGGAACUAGUCAGUGGAACUAUUGCUCAACAACUAGAAUCGUCUCUUGCCAAGAAGGACAGCUUUAUCAGGGAACUAGAGAGCAACUUAUCUGAACAAAGGGAAACUAAUAGACAUCAACUCGAUGAAAUAAAAUUGCUAAGCGAGAGGUUAAAUAAUGAAGCAAAAAGAAUAAAGAUGUUGGAGAGAGAAGGUGAUCGCCUCCGUUCCGAGAUAGCUAUAUUGGAAUCCAAGCUGGGACAUGGUGACUUUUCUUCUGCAAAUACGAAAGUUCUACGGAUGGUUAAUACCCUAGCAGUUGAGAACGAGGCAAAACAAACAAUAGAGGCUCUGCAAAAUGAGUUGCAGAAGACGAAGGAGAAAUUGCAGGCUGUUGAAGACCUUAAAAAGCAGUCACCUGAUUCUGGCACACUGGUUGAUUCCUACAUUGCUGGAAAGAUUAAGCAGUUGAAAGAGCAAAUUGCAACACUUGAGAAACGGGAGGAGAGAUAUAAAACAGUUUUUGCCGACAGAAUCUCAGUUUUUAGAAGGGCAUGCUGUGAACUUUUUGGUUACAAGUUAGUUGAAGUGAUCUUCGAAAUACUUUGCCAGAUUGUUAUGGAUGACCACCAGCGCUCUGAUGGAAUUCCAGUUACUCGCUUUACGCUUCAUUCGAUCUAUGCUCAAAGCGACACUGAAAAGCUUGAAUUUGAAUAUGAAUCAGGGAACAUGAAUUUUUUGGCAAAUGAGUAUGCCUCACAUCCUGAGUUGUCUCGGCAGGUUGAAGUAUUUAUCCGAAAGAUGAAUUCAAUUCCAGCUUUCACAGCCAACCUGACGGUCGAAUCUUUCAAUAAGCGUACCCUCUCAUAAAAUGUAGCAACUUGUUUUAUUGCUUUCCAAUGCCCCAAGGGUUAAUCUACACUACAGUUUUAUGCUUUGCAUCAAUUUUAAAUAUGCCUUUUGAUCGAUUUUAGUGCAAGUUCAAUACAAAUAUGUUGUGAUUUCAGCGUUUUAA